GAGCCGAAAUUCGAUUUAUCUUGUCAUGGCAUCUCGCACAUGCGCAGCUCUGUCGUGUCCUGUCUGGUCCACUAGUCCCAGUAUUACUCCGCUGCACAUGUUAUUUCUGCGCGCCUGGGACUUAAUCGCUCUUGAUGGAUUUAUGAUGGCGGCAUGUUUUGAAAGGAUUUUAGCUUCUCGGCGUUCUAAUUUUCUUUUAGCUGCUCGAUACUUUGCCAGUAACCCUUCAGCAUUGUUUAAAGUUGGAAAUGAGGUAGAAGUUCGUCGGGUUGUUUCUAUGAAAGAUGUACAGGCAUUCGCUCACAUGUCAGGAGAUACCAACCCCAUUCACUACGAUGACAAAUUUGCGAGGAAAACCCGCGUCGGACAGAUUAUUGUGCACGGUGUAAUACUGAAUGGGAUAAUUUCAGCUAUCCAUGGCGCUAAACUUCCAGGUCCUGGUUGUAUGAUUCUGUCUCAAUCAUUGAAAUAUCCUGCCCCAUUGUUUCCUGGAGAAGAAGUUUUGACUCAUGUCCAGGUAACAGGAUUAAGACAUUCUAUUAUGAUUUGUCAAGUCACUUGCACAGCAGUUCAGAGAGGCAAAGUUGUUCUAUCUGGCGAAACAAAGCUCUUAGUUCCUCAGAAUCUGGAUGAAUAAGGCCGUUGUUUUUUAUGUUGAGCACUGAUUCAGACAGAAAACAACUACACAGUCGGAUGUCGUCAAGGGUUAUCAUCGCUUCCAAAAAGAGUCUCCUCCGCGACUCCCGGUGAGAGAGAGCAGAAACAGGAAACAGGAAUCCUUAUUCACGGAGCCUGCUGCAUUGGUCAGACGUUGUUCGUGAAUUUAAGAUGGCGUCACAAGUCUCGAAAUACUCGCAAACUUUCGCGCUGUUUUCUGGUUUAACACAAUAGGAAGAAUACGUGUGCCUUAGUGCCAGCCGUUUUCCUACGACAUGGGAAAACGGAAUUCAAACUUCCAGUUUCGUUUUUCGUUUACCCACGUCAUCGGAAAAGGGAAUUCGAACUUUUAUUUUCGUUUUUCGUUUUUCAACUACAUUGAAAACGAAAUUUCCGUUUUUCAUCUUCUAUUUCCGUAAGACAUUGAAAACGGAAUUUAAACUUCGAUUUUCGUUUUUCGUUUUCGUGUUCUGUUAUGUUAUCUCAAGACAGUGGCCUAUUAAGCAGGCGCUAGCGUUCUUUGGGCUUGGACGUCAUAGCCAACUGUAUGUAACUGAGUGUACAUACAUACGGAGUUGUGAUAACAACAAAUAGCGUAAAAAAAACUGUGCAGCUACAUUUAUAGAAAACUAAUAUUUAAGAAUUUUUCAGCCCGCUACAAACCGUAUUGAGCUGACUGUUAUUAAGAGCCUUCUGUUUAAUAUGACUACCACGAUGUCGAUAUCGGCAAGGAAAUGAAAUUAUGCGUGUACGAUCACAAGUCACGGAAUUAAAUGGCUAUUCAGGUCCGACUAUUAAGUCAAAAAGUUUCAAUACAAAGGCUUGUCAUGAUCGAUUUGGAACAUACAGUUGAACCUCCGAUAUGGCGCCUUCUACUUCGAUAUCGACCGGUCAGUGUAAAACGAAGACUGCGGACUGACCGGGAAUAAAAUGCAGACUGAGGGUAAAACGCAAACUGCAGAC